CAUUGACAGAUAUGAGAACAGAAGCAUGGAUUUAUUUACAAACAAUAAUGUGUAAUAUUCAUAACAAUAAUACAAUUUCGGGCAUCCAUAUAGUUGAAUUUGAGAUUUAAAUACACAUAGGAAAGAAAUGGCAAUUUUGUGAAAACAUUUAUAAAUGUUUUGGAUGUCCAAAUGUUUGAAUGAAAUGCAUGAUAUCAUAAACAAAAGCAAUACGUGUUUCCUGUGAAGCUUUGUACUUGGUCGGCUGUAAGAAUGGAGCACGCACGUUUUUUUAUGUGCAGUGCCACAAAGUAUGUGGUUUUCGUGUUAUUUUUGUCUUAUUGUUUCUGUUUGACACCGCAGUGCAGGAAUGAAAAGGGCGAAGCUGUUGACUGGUUUUAUGUAUAUAAACUACCACGAGAGAGAAACCAUUUAAAUCCUCUAGUAAGAAAAGGAGUAGCAUAUAUGCAUCUCACUCCAUCCAAGCUGAGAGGGGGUUGGAUUAUGUCUGAUCUGGCUAUAAGUGAUCCACAGUCAAUGGUUGGAAGAACAUUAGCACCCUUAUAUCAGGAUAAAAAUACGAUUUCUCUUGUAUACAACGACCAGCCUCCAGCAACUGAACAUCAGCCAGAUCUGUUGCAUUCUGUGGCUGCAAUGUACUCAAAAAGUAAAAAAGGUCAAAAGAGGACAUGGGAGAAGAAGUACAAAAAGUUCAAGCUUGGCGAUAGUUACUACGACGACUAUGAUCUAGCAGAGAUGUGCAAAAUGCACUCCAAGUUCAUGAAGACUAAAGUUGAAAGCGGACACACAAAGGGCGUUAUAUUGGGGGACAAGUUUACUUCUUUGUGGCUUGUGCAUUCCGUGCCUAGGUUUCCUCCAGUGCCUAAUAUACACGGCUUAAACGUAAGCUCAUACAGCUAUCCAACAACUGGCAUGAAAUACGGCCAAACAUUCCUGUGCGUAUCAGUUCAAACGUCUACAUUGAAUCAGAUUGCAACUCAGUUGAAAUACAACCAGCCUUUAAUCGCUUACUAUAAUAUACCCCAGGAGUUCGACAGUGAAUUACCGAAUUUAGUGGAUGUUGUGAAGAAUAAAACAAUAGAUGUAUCACCUUGGUACCACAUUGAAAGUUUUGAAACCUUGGUCGGUCGGAAAUUUCUCUCAUUUGCCAAGAGCGCUAUGUUCAACGAUGAUUUGUACAGUGGAUUGGUAGCUGAGGUUUUACAAUCAGAUUUACUCGUUGAAUCCUGGACCAAUGGGCCCGGAACUUUGGAUUCGGAAUGUACCAGAAACUUUAAAGUACGUAACAUAGAUAGGCUCAAAUUCCCGAUGGCCAAGAUGUCGUUUACUUCGCAUCACGACCACUCCAAGUGGACGGUCGCCGUAGCACACAAGAUGCAUAACAGUCAAGACACGAAGGUCGCUAACUACUGGGUCUGUGUCGGAGAUAUUAAUAGAGCGUUACCUCAAGAAUCCCGCGGUGGAGGGACAGUAUGUACGUCGGGUCCGAUACUGUGGGGCAAUUUUGCGCACCUCAUAGAAUCUGUUCAAACGUGGUAUAUUUACAAACCACCAAGUGACGUGAUACCGUUCUUCGAACUGGGGCAUAAUUUUUCUUUCAUAACUCCUGACUCUCUUGGAAGAUGGGAGGUAUCCGAGAAAUAUAUCACUUCCAACUCGAUGCUGCAGCACACACUUGCACCUAUAUUCAGGCCAACUUAUGCAGAUUAUUUAGCAGUAGCAAUAUAUGACAAGCGAAAAGGUGAUCGAAAUUUCGCGGGUUCAGUAACUCGUGGUGUUCUAAUGGCCGACGAAUUGGGCGGGGUUUGGAUUUAUCACACUGUACCUGGUUUAGUCAAUCUGAAGAAAGAUCGUCCUUCUUUUCCCGAAAAAGAAGCUUCCAACGGGCACAUUCUUAUGUGCUUAUCUUUGGAUAUAGACGCUGUAAAUGCAGUUUUACAUAGCCUAAGGAAUAUCUACCCCAAGCCGACUUAUCUAAGAAUUCCUGAAAAGGUACAGCCUUUGUUGCCUGAAUGGAAUUUAUUCAAAAUGCCUAUUAUUGGAGCAAAACCGAAAACCAAAAAUUUCGUGACACGGGGCAGUUCCUUGCACGUAGAGUUCCUUGCGCGGCGCCCGGGCGACAAGGAAUCCCUCUACCAAAAGUUCGCCAUCUCUAAGAACAUCGUUCUAGAUGUGUACGGUCAGAGUAAAAGUAAAUACCUUACGUCUAUAUGCGGAAAGAAAUACAGCGUCCGCAAUAUCGAUAACAUAUCCCUCAAACUUCCUGAAAAAGUUAUUUACCUAAUGAACAGGACAGACCGAAUGUGGUUUGCAGUGAGCACUGCUGCACACUGGCAAAAUCUGGGUUCUGGACCAAAGCAGUAUUGGGCAUGUAUUAGCAACUUGGAUAAAGAGGAUAACAGCGGUGCGGGUGGCGAUUUAGUGUGCGUUGAAAACUAUAGGAUUUGGCAUACAUUUGAUAAUUUUAAAGUUGAGGAACCA